UCCUAACUCAAGAAGUUACUUCUUGUUGGCACCUUGUUUUUCAGCUAGUAGUGUUAUUAUGUCGUCUAUUAGUGAAAUAGACACCCAUUUCGUGAAAUGUAUUGGUUACCUUUAUGCAAGUUCGAAGUUAAGAAAGGGGGACCCUGUUCCUCUACAAUACGUUUUAGAGGAAGUUAUAAAGAACAAGUAUGGUAUCGUUAAAGAUUAUACAGACUUAGUGCAGUCAUGUUUGAAACCAAGAGAAGAGGAAUUUGCCCCUGUAAUAACUGCCACUUUCGAAGAAAGCAAGGGAUCGAAUUCAGAUAACGAAUUAGAGUUAGAUCUAUUGAAAGAAGAUUUAAUGUGUGUUAUUUGCAAUGGCAUGGACGUAGGUGCUAGAAAUCGACUUUUGGAGUGUUCCGAUUGUCAUUCAUUAUAUCAUCAAGAGUGUCAUAAGCCAGGUGUUACAGAAGAUUCUUUUGAGAACUGGGUUUGCUUCAACUGUAAGGAGGCUAGCAAGAAAUUAAAACUAGCAAAUGACACAACUGCUCCCGUUCCUGUAAGUUCUAAUAGCAAUAGCAGUACCAAGAGCUCUUCAAAAUCUAGUUCAGUUUCUUCAUCACAUAGACAUUCCAGUUCAAGCAGUUCAUCAUAUAAAUCUUCUAGUUAUUCUAAAUCUAGUGAUAAAUAUAAAUCAAGUUCUACUAAUAAGUCGACAUCAGGGCAAAGUAGUUCAAGUUCGAAAAUUAGUGGUUCUACUUCCUCAAGUAACCAAAACAAUUCAAGCAAUUCUAGUCGUUCAGCAUUACCUCCCAAUAUUAACAUAAUAAGUGCAGAUAAGAGGAUUCAAAUUAUGAAGAAAAAGGCAGCUACUAAAUUACAAGAAAAACGAAAACCACCUCGUUAAAAAUAAUUUAUCAAAUAGCUGUUUCAUUUUUAUAUAAUUA